GCCGCAAACAAGAGACUAGGAAGACAUUCCCUCCCUCUUCAACAAUCUCCUGAGCGCAUCGAGGAGCAACAUGACGCCGCCUUCAUUCCUCCUCUUCUGCCUCGCCGUGGCGGCACUAGCAUGCUCCCAAGCUUCGGCCCGCAUUGUGGCAAUGUCUGUCUCAAAGAAGCACCAGCGACCAGGCAGGCCCUUUCAGGUGCACUUCCGCACGACAAACUACAUCGCCAACAACGACCAAUAUACAAUCGCCUUUAGCCUCACGCCAAUCAAUCACAAUGACGGCAAGUCUCUAGGCUCGUCUCCGUUCCAGGUCAGCGAUAUCCGCCACGUCAACAAGCGCCCACCUGGGUUCGACGUCAAUGUGACUAUACCUGCCGACUACAGAUUCAACAAUGCCACCGAGUACCUUCAUGCCGCCGUGUUUGGUACCGUAGGGGCGAGCGGGGCCGUCACCGUCGACUACUUCAAUACGACACUCAUCGUCCCAAGGACACCUUCGCCGUCCUCUGCUUCCUCAAUCUCCAGAGAGUAAGAGCUGGCGUAACUGUGGCCCUGCAUACUGUCUUUCGAGGGAUGAGAUGCUCAGUAGUAGCUUAUAUGAAGCAGUGUGUCGCGCUGAUUCUAGGUUGAGACAACAAUGGACAUUUGAU